GGCGGGGCCGCUCAGUCGCGCGCAGGGCGGGUGAGGGGAGCGGAGCGGCGUCGCCGUCCCGGCUGUGGCAGCGGCGGGCGAGGCGGGGCAGUGCAGGGGGCUGCAACAACAACCGGAGCAAUGGCGCUGUCCGUGCCGGUCAACGGGCUGAAGGAUGGCGACAAGGAGCCCGUCAUCGAGCUCUUCGUCAAGGCUGGCAGUGAUGGGGAGAGCAUAGGAAACUGCCCCUUCUCCCAGAGGCUCUUCAUGAUCCUGUGGCUCAAGGGAGUGGUGUUCAGUGUCACAACAGUGGACCUGAAGAGGAAACCAGCAGACCUUCAGAAUCUGGCUCCAGGCACUCACCCACCCUUCAUCACCUUCAACGGAGAAGUGAGAACAGAUGUCAACAAGAUUGAAGAGUUCCUGGAAGAUGUUCUGGCCCCACCCAAGUACCUGAAACUCUCACCAAAGCAUCCAGAAUCCAACACUGCUGGAAUGGAUAUAUUUGCCAAAUUUUCUGCAUUUAUCAAGAACUCCAGACCAGAAGCUAAUGAAGCCUUAGAACGUGGCCUCUUGAAAACUCUGCAGAAGCUGGAUGAGUACCUGAACUCCCCCCUCCCUGAUGAGAUCGAUGAGAACAGCCUGGACGACGUCACCGUCUCCACGCGCAAGUUCCUGGAUGGCAACGAGAUGACCUUGGCAGACUGCAACCUGCUGCCCAAGCUGCACAUUGUCAAGGUGGUGGCCAAAAAAUACCGCAACUUUGAGAUCCCCAAGGAGAUGACAGGGAUCUGGAGAUACCUGACAAAUGCUUACAGCAGGGAUGAGUUCACCAACACCUGUCCUGGAGACAAGGAGAUUGAAAUAGCUUACAGUGAUGUAGCCAAGAGACUCACCAAGUAAUCAGCAGCUGCAGAGGACGGCGUGCUGCAUAUCCCAUAACAAUGCUUCUAACAGACUGCUCUUCUCAUAUCCAAUAGCAAUUGUUCUGUGCAUGAACUUGCAGUUACUCCAAGCCACGUGGAUAGACCAGGUACAGUCAUUCCCUAAAGUUUCAGACUUUAUUCCAGCCUUGAUUUGCUGAGCUCCUCCCACACCUCCGAGAUGGAUGUUCCUGCUGCACUGGGGUCACUCUGGAUUCUUCAGUCUCAAGGGUUGCCUUGCCCCUGCUGCUUUUCUCUGUCAACAUUUGGUCCAUGAUUUGUCCAGGAAUUGGUUUAGGAUCCUGUCUCACUCUAUGGUACAAGGAAUAUUUAUGUAUUUUGGAAUUUAUUGCUUUUCCAGAAGAUCUGUGACACGUUGGACUGUACCUGCUUGUCUAUCCUAUUUACAUAGAGAAGGGAACUUAGUAUCCAAAAGAGCCAUUUGCAAAAUAUUUGGCAAUGUUUUCUUGGUUUGUUUUGUUGUAUUUUUAUUUUUAAUUCCUUGGAUUUGAAGUCACUGUAGUGGUUGAGAAUGGACUCAAUGUGAACCUUGGAUUUGAAUGACCUCAGCAUCAGGGAAGUUUGAAUCCAGGCUUGAGAGCUGGGACAGGAAGCUCAAAGCUCAGAGCUGAUGUUUGUUGUGUCUCCAAGAGCUCGAGGAGAUUUAAACACCUGCAUUGUCUGAAUUUUGAGUUGCAGCAAACAAAUAAUUGUUAGGAUUUCCCAUCAGGAAACAGCAGAGUUGGAAGCUGCCCUCUGCUCACCUUAAGAAUUGCAAGUGGCUUUCUUUUUGGUAGUUAAGAGCCUUUGUUUUGUAUAGGUCUUUUUGGUGAUUUUUACUUUCAAAUCUGUUCUGUCACAGCCCAAAUCCAUGGAAGCUGUAGUGUCCUAACUCUGGGUGGGGAAUAGCAGUGCAAUGAUGAGUGAUGCAAAAUGGACUGAGAGCCAUGAAGUGGGAACCUUUUCAUGCCCUUUCUUCCCUGAAGAAAGCUAAAGUGACCUUUAAAGAGAACAUUUGCCUUAAAUGAGAGUAGGUUUUUGUUUUUUUUCCUGAAUGGAAAUCUGGGAAUUUUGUGAAGAAAAUGGUGGAAUCCAAUCCUUCCCCUUGAAUUGAUCCCAGUUGUUUCUGUGCACCUGGACUGCAGUUUUGCAUACUCAUAAUCAUUGCACUACUAUACUGAAAUCUUUUUACAGCAACACUGAGGAAUAGCACUACAAUUUUUUAAAAAGCAAUUUUCAAAUGUUUCUAAACCAGGGAAUAGUUUUGUUUAAAAUUAAUGGUUUUGAUGCAUGAAAUAAACUGCUAGGUUAUUUUUAAAAGACCAUCAUAAACAACUCCAAAGAAUGCUAGACUUAUAUGCCUAUUUUUUUGUAAAGAUACUUUUAUAUUUAACUGAUUUUAGAAGCUGGAAAGUGCUAUUCCUGUAGGUUGUUCUUGGAAUAUUUAACGUUCUGCAAUAACGUGGAAAUGCUCACAUAAACACUUUUAUACACUAAUUUUUUUUUUAAUUUUUUUUUUUUUUUUUUUUGGUAAGCACUGGCUUUCUGAAAACCAGCCUGACUUUUCUAAGCAUCCUGCUUUUGCUACUUUAUGUACCCAUGGAGUUAGUUCCACAUAGAGGAGGAAGAGAAGCAGAUCCAUGGUGGUGUACCUGGCUUUGUGGUGCCUUGCCUUCCUAGAGCUAGAAUUGCACCAGAAAGGCACUCAGCAAUCCUGUCACAUCUCCUUCAGAGGCACCUCUCCUCCAUCCACUGAAUCCCUGCUCUGAUUUGUUGCAGGAAUGUUUGGGCACAGAGGGAAAAUCCUGGUUAGCAGAACCUUAGCUGUAGCCCUUCAAUAAUUCCUGUAUUCCAAUGUCACCUUCCCCUCCUGAAUAAAGUUCCUCAGCCAUAAGAAUCCUCUGUAGGGCUUCAGUCUCUGCUAAUGUGACAUCUAGAAAAAGGAUUUUUAAUGACACACAGGGUGAAAAAACCCCCAGUCCUCCUUGGUUUGGUGCUCUUGGCCAUGGCAGAGUUCACAGAGCUGUAGCAAUUGUGGGCACAUCUUUGUUCAGUUUUUAGCUCUCCUUUCACAACCAGAUGAGGAUGGGCCUUGCAGGUUGUGCUGAUGGGCUUGGAGGAUCUGAGCUCCUUUCCCAGGGAAUUACCCUGGAGUGCAGAGUGCAGGAGUUCCACCUCCUGAAACACCAGCUCAGGCUGCUGCUGAGAUAAUCCAGGCAGCAAAAACCAUUCUCCUUCUCCCUCAGUGUUUUAAUUGUGUCUGAGAGCUUGUAAACAGAGCUCAGGCUGUCUGUGACCGUGGUUCCUUAUCUCAGCCCAGAGGAGCCUUUCCCUGGGAGCUGGGAGUGCAGCUUGGCACAGGGAGCUGGCCUGGCUGUCUCUCAGCCUUCCUGCUGCAGUUUUGUUGUGGCAGGAGCUGCCCAGCCCCUCGUGGCUCAGGGAGGGAGCAGCUCCCAGCUCUGGAGGUGAUCCCUGCACAGCAGCAGGGAAAGGCAGCGUCUGGUGUGGGCAGAGCACUUUCAUCUGGCCCCAAUCACCAGCUCCACGCUAAUUAAAAAAAGCCCUUUCAUAACUAUGUAAAUUCUUGACUUCUGUCAACUUGUUUACAAUCUGAUCUUUAAAUGCAUUUUUAAUUUCAUCAAACAGCAAUUAAUCUACCCCCUGUUUAAAUUUAAAAUGCUGCUUCUAGCCCCUUCUCCAAUUUAAAAACAGCAGUUACCCUUUCAAGUAGGCAUUCCAGUUUGCAAGUUGGUUGCAUGUAUUAGCAUGCUGAAUAACUUACUUUAUUCUCAAGCUGAAAUAUGCUUAAAUUCACAUUAAAACAGGUGACUUGUGUAUUUCCUGAACACAAAGGGAAAAUCCAUCACCUGCACCCUGUUUUUGUGUGGGAGAACAAUUAUCCUAGGUGCAUUAUUAUUUUGGUUUUUUUCCCCUUAACAAAGCUUUCCUUCUUGAAGGGAUCCCUGCUGUGGAAGGCUGGGCUGUUGAACAGGAGGUGUGUGGGACUUGUGGAACAAUUCCAUCCCUGGAUGUCCCACACAGGCAGUCCCAGCUUUUACCUUUGCCUUUUCCCACCUAAUCUGGGUUUUCUGCACACUGGGCAUGUCCAAACCGUGCAGCUCCGUGAUAAGCACGGAGAUGUAAUCAAAUUUUUAUGCUAAAGCAGCAAAUUAGCAUUUGGUAUCAAAGGAGCACAGACAGGAAUAAAUGGGAGCUGCUGGAGCCAAAGGCAGAGAUGCCUAUCUGGGUGCAGAACAAAAAGUGCUGAAGUGCAGCCAGCCCUGCUGCUCUCCCUUUGCCACUCUGAACCCUCCAGUGAAGAUUUUUUUUUUUCAGGAGAAGGCUGAAAAAAUCACUGACCCAAGUGAGAAAUGCUCCAUCUGCCUCAAAGCCUGUGCCACCUGUGGUUUAUUUCUGGAGGGGGUGGGAGCAGGAUGAGGGGAUGGAGACUCCCAAGACAGGACAAGGAUUGGAGUGUGGUUUGCAGAAAUACUUGAAGAGUUGAUAUCAUUUGUUGUAGUUUGCUUUUGUCUUUCACUUUCUGGAACAUCUUUUACAGAUAUACCAGUAUACUGCUGGCAGCUAUUGUUAAAUAAAAUUAUAUUUUCACUACCAA